AGAGUGAUGACAAGGAGAAGGAACACAAUGAAGAUGCCCAUGUGUGCAGCGAUGUCCUGCCUGCUCUUGCUGUGGCUUACGUGUACUUGCGUACAUGCAGAAUGUCCCAGUGUUUGUUCCUGUAGCGAGAGCCAUCGGACAGUUGACUGUUCCUGGAGGGGGGUUAGGCAUCUGCCUAUUGGCCUGCAGCGAAACAUUCAAUCCCUCAACCUGACCCACAACCGGCUAUCUGACCUGGACCACCACCUAAGCUCUUUCACACAUCUGCGCAUCCUUGACAUCUCCUAUAACCGUCUGCUUCACUUCCCAGCCUCACUGCCACGGGCAUUGUGGGAAAUCAAUGUCUCAGGAAACCGUCUGCGUGUACUUAACAAGGAUGACACAGCGUACCAGUGGAACCUCAGAGUUCUGGACCUGUCCGUCAAUAAGCUGGAGCGUGUGGUCUUCAUCAACAACACGCUCCCCAACCUGAAGGCUCUCAAUCUUAGUCAUAACAAGUUCUGGACGGCACCUACCAACAUGCCCCAAAACCUGGAGGUGGUGGAUCUAUCCCACAACACUCUGGUCCAGAUCCUGCCAGGGUCCCUGAACUGGCUACACAGGCUGGCUCGGCUCUACCUGCACGCAAACCGCUUCACCACGGUCAGGGAAGGGGCAUUCGAGCAUCUGCAAAGUCUGAAGCUCAUCACUCUAGGAGACAAUCCCUGGGCUUGUGAAGAAACUGCCAAUAUCAGCCACCUGUUGGUGUGGACCAAACACACUUCCGCCCGAGUGUUGGGCUGCCCCUGCCACACCUGGCACACCUGCGGAGGAGCUCACCUGUCCAGGACAGGGAGCUGGCACUUUGGCACAUACACGCUGUCCCCAUAUGUCUUCGGAACCGAGGAGCCAAGCCAUCCAUAUGUACAAGCGGUCACCACACACUUCUGGUCGGGGACGUCACUCCUAAACACCAGGGAUGACCAAACAGGAUCUAGAAGCACCAAGGAACAGGAGUCUUUCAGAAAUGGUUUUCUCUUUACCUCAACUUCAGAGGCUUCCCAUUCUAAUACUCAUUCAACUACAGAGGGCCCAGUCACAACAGGUGACAUCGUCACCACCGUCUCCACCACCCGCAGGACCACCACUCUCCGUACGCGGAGUGUGAAGAGACCCAAUCAGAACCUCAGCCAAAACACAAGCUCAGGAUGCAGUGUGGGUUCACUCUACACAUCAGUCUGCUGUAUGCUCCUCCUGAUGGCCAUGAUGCAAGGGCUCUGA